UCCAAAAUGGUGGAUAGCAAAAUUUUGUUGUUACGAUAAAAAUGAAAAAUUACAACUUCUCGGGUUAGUUUGAGCAUUGUAGAAGCGYACAAGGKAAUACUAACAUUUAUAARUAUGCGCUCUAAUAAUAAUGGAGCAAUCGGUGGCAAAAGGAAGGCGAAUUCGUUUGACAAUGAAGACGAGCUUGGACCUUCGACUUCGAAACGAACCAAACGUCGAUCUGGACCUACUGGUCUAAAAAGAGCCGGUCCUUACCUUCUUGGAUCACGAUUAGGAAACUCGCCUGUUCGUAGUAUUGUACAAUGUCUAGCGAAGAAGGAAGGAACCGACGAUUUUUACUCAAUCAAAAUACUAACUCUGGGAGAAGUCGGCCAUGAAACUCAAGACGACAAACAAGGAAAAAUGCUUCUUCACACUGAAUACUCGUUGUUAUCACUACUUCACGAUGAAGAAGGUGUCGUCCAUCACCAUGGGCUGUUCAAAGAUGAAUAUUGUGAAGAMAUUCCACAGGAUUCUGAAGGUCAAAGUGAUCGAGAAGGAUCUAGUGGGUCAAGGGGACGUAGAAUACGACAUCGAUUAUGUUUAGUUCUGGAUUGUCUUUGUGCUCACGACUUCGGUACUGAAACUUCGGACUUGAUUAACUUACAGCAUUAUGUAAUACGUGAAAAAAGACUAAGUGAGAGGGAAGCKUURAUUAUUUUUCACGAUAUUGUACGAGUSGUGGAGUGUCUGCACAAGAAAAAUAUAGUACAUCGAGAUUUGAAACUUGGAAAUAUUGUAUUGAAUAGAAGAACGAAAAAGAUAACWAUUACAAACUUUUGUCUUGGAAAGCAUUUAAUCAGGGAAAAUGAUCUGUUAAAAGACCAAAGAGGAAGCCCAGCAUACAUCAGCCCAGAUGUACUUAGUGGUGCACCAUACUCAGGCAAGGCCAGUGAUAUGUGGGCAUUAGGGGUGGUAUUAUACACCAUGCURUAUGGACAAUUCCCAUUUUACGACAGUGUACCACAUGAAUUGUUCAGGAAGAUUAAGAGUGCAGAGUUUAUAAUUCCAGGAGAAAGYCCUGUAUCUGAGAACACCAAGGAUUUGAUUCGUUUACUUCUAACUUUGGACCCAAAUAAGAGACUUACUGCAACUGAGGUCCUGGGGUUUCUACAGAACACCAUGGCAUCAUGGUACCAUUUGGCYUGUAAUGGCGAAGCGCCUCAAGUUGUACCUGACGUUGAUAAACAAGUUGACAGUCAAGCAAAAGAGAAGGACCAACCACCAUUAUCGUCAGACUUCAGGUUCCACAAAUUGARUGAUGAAUUCUUCAAACAAGAAUCAAUUUCAAGUAUUUCACAAGAAGUAAUGUGUCAGCCACCGAUAAGAAGAGUCUCAGAAGAUGCGCGACCACUGACUGCUGCUGAAAUUCUUGCCCAUCGACACUUGUUGUAACCUAAAUUCAUGAGAUAAACUUCUCAGCCAAAAGCUUGAAGGGCAUUCAAAUGAUAAAGACCACAUAAAAAACAACAACAUUUAACUACAAAAGAAUUGCCAACAAGUAGGAGGAAUGAAUGUAAAUCACAAAUAUUUAAAACUUAAUCAUCUCAGGCAAAUGUCAUUUUUUUUUCAGUCAGUACGUAUAACGAAAAAACUUUUUUCUUUAGUAAUUCAACAUGGCAGGUAAGGCGGAAAGGACUUACAGGACGUCACAUGUAUGCACAUGACGUCAUUAUUUUCUGAUUUUGUAUGUGGUGUUCGUCAUUUCUGGGGGAAGGCCGCGGUAAUUGUUUUUUUGACUUCCCAUUAUAUCCGUCACAGUGACGUCAUUAAUUUCUGAUUUUGUAUGUGCCAGGACGUUAUGACGUUUUCUGUCCAGUACAAAUAUUCUUUUGAAAACAUUUAUGAAAAAUAUUGAAACAAUGCAAAAUAUAUUGUAAAUAAGUCAAAAUCAAUUUUUUAUUAUUUCUUGGAAAAUUUGUGAGCAUUACAAUGGACCAAAUCAAUAAACGAAAAUGUUAUAAAUAUUUUUUUCAGAUAUUGCAACUUCUUUCUCGUUACUUUUACAUAAUACUAUGGUCUUGUAACAUACAGGUAUAUACUUCAUGUACAUUAGAUGUAGUGACUUACGAUAGCUUUGUUGUAAGUCACAAUAUUAUACAUUCUAUGAAGAUUGCAAUAAUUCAAAUUAAAUGAUGUUUAUAGCUGGA